CCAUUUUAAACUUCGUCCUUUCAAACCACCAUCAAGAAUACCUUUAAAACCAUCUACUAGUGACAACAUACCCAAUACAUCACGAGAAAAAAGAGUAAAGCCUUUAAUUUCAAAUCCAUCAAAGCGUAUUAAACUCGACAAUGACUCUGCCGAUGACGAAAACAUUUGUAUUCCUGAAUCUGAUUAUUGUACUGAUGAAAAUCGCACGCGCAACAAAAAAGUUUUUGGGCCUUUCAUACCACCCACUUUUAUCAAAAACCCUCCGUUCGAAAUCAAUCAAGACGGCAUUCAGAAAAAGCGUCUAGGUUAUGGUUCUCGAAAUUUUCCAAAGAGAUCUUUGUUUGAUCCAUCUGCUCCUGAUGCGAUCGUACUUUAUGAUCCGAACGAUGAUCCUGAAUUAAAACCAAAGGAAGAAGAAGUCAACCUUAAAACUAACAAAAAUAAAUCUGUUGCAGAAAUAUUGGGAAUCAAGAAUGAGGUGGGCAAAAAAGUUCACGUGGUUGUUGAUCCUGUUUUGGGUAAAAAACUUCGACCACACCAAGUUGAAGGUGUAAAGUUUUUGUAUAAUUGUACUACCGGAAGAACAGUUGAAAAUGCUUAUGGAUGUAUAAUGGCUGAUGAAAUGGGUCUUGGUAAAACUCUCCAAUGCAUCACCCUUUUGUGGACAUUACUUAAACAAUCACCUGAAGCUGGUAAAGGGACAAUAGAAAAAUGCAUUAUCGUUUGUCCAUCAAGUCUUGUGCAUAAUUGGGCGAAUGAAUUGGUAAAAUGGCUUGGACCUAUAAGAUUAAAGGCACUGGUUAUGGACAGCAAGGGGAAAAAGGAAAAUUUAGUAAAAGAAUUGAGGCAUUAUGCUGGUGCUAAAGGAAAGAUGAUUGUUCAACCAGUGUUGAUCAUUUCGUAUGAGACUCUUCGAGUAAAUAUAACUGAAUUGAAGACUACCCAUUUUGGCUUAUUAUUGUGUGAUGAAGGCCAUAGACUAAAAAAUUCGAGUUCUCAGUUAUUCCAGGCUUUAAAUUCGCUUCAAGUUCAACGAAGAGUUAUUUUGUCGGGCACGCCAAUUCAGAAUGAUCUUUCAGAAUAUUUUUCACUGUUGAACUUUGCCAAUCCUAAUUUUCUUGGAACACCUAGUGAAUUUCGUAAAAAUUAUGAAAACCCUAUUUUACGUGGGCGUGACGCUGAUGCUUCUGAACAAGAGAGAGAAACUAGUGAUCAAAAGCUAUCCGAAUUAUUGGAAGUCUACGAACACGUCGUAUUUUGUCGUUUGAGCGAAUUUCAAGUGUCAUUAUAUGAUUUGUUCCUUACUUCACCAGAAAUUCAAGGUCUUCUUCGUGGCGCAUCGUCUCAACCACUCAAGGCAAUUACUAUGCUUAAGAAAUUAUGCAACCAUCCGGACUUGCUUAAUCUACCUAAAGAGCUUAGAGGGUCUCAAAAAUGCUUUCCUCCAGGGUAUUCAAUAACAGACAAGACGAGAACAGUAAAACCAGAGUUUUCAGGAAAAAUGAUUGUAUUGGAUAGAAUGUUAGCAAAGAUUAAAAAUGAGACAAAGGAUAAAAUUGUCCUGAUUUCGAACUAUACGCAAACUUUAGACGUAUUCGAAAGAUUGUGCAAAACCAGAAAAUACGGUUGUUUGCGUCUUGAUGGUACAAUGCCAAUAAAAAAGCGCCAGGCUCUCGUAAGUAAGUUCAACGACCCACACAGUUCAGAAUUUGUUUUUCUACUUAGCAGUAAAGCCGGUGGAUGUGGAUUGAAUCUUAUUGGCGCAAAUCGGCUUGUUUUGUUUGAUCCAGAUUGGAAUCCUGCAUCAGAUCAGCAAGCAUUGGCACGAGUUUGGAGAGAUGGACAAAAGAAAAAUUGUUUCAUAUAUCGAUUUAUUUCGACGGGAUCUAUUGAAGAGAAAAUCUUUCAACGUCAAUCGCAUAAACAAUCACUCUCCUCAUGUGUCGUGGAUGAAGAUUCCGAAGUUGAAAGACAUUAUACAUUUGAGUCCUUAAAGCGUCUUUUCCUUUUCAAUCCAGAUACUAUGUGCGAUACACAUGAUACUUUCAAGUGUCUUAGAUGUGUAAAAGGUGUUCAACGGAUAUCUCGACCACAAGGAGAGGUGAUGAAUUACAGUGAUACAAGCUCAUGGGAUCACUUCACUGGUGGAAAUGAUAUGAAUAAGAUCCAUGAUAAUAUCCUAAAGACUGAGGCAAAUCAAGGCGUUGUUUCAUACGUGUUUCAAUAUAUUUCUCACUAA